AUGGAUAUCGCCAUUCAGCACCCCUGGUUCAAACGCGCCCUGGGCCCCUUCUACCCCAGCCGGCUGUUCGACCAGUUCUUCGGCGAGGGCCUCUUCGAGUACGACCUGCUGCCCUUCCUGUCCUCCACCAUCAGCCCCUACUAUCGCCAGUCCCUCUUCCGCACCGUGCUGGACUCCGGCAUCUCUGAGGUCCGAUCCGACCGGGACAAGUUUGUCAUCUUCCUGGACGUGAAGCACUUCUCUCCCGAGGACCUGACAGUGAAGGUGCAGGAGGACUUCGUGGAGAUCCAUGGCAAGCACAAUGAGCGGCAGGAUGACCAUGGCUACAUCUCCCGCGAGUUCCACCGCCGCUACCGCCUGCCUUCCAACGUGGACCAGUCUGCACUCUCCUGCUCCCUGUCCGCGGACGGCAUGCUGACCUUCUCUGGCCCCAAGGUCCCAUCUGGCGUGGACGCCGGCCACAGCGAGCGGGCCAUCCCCGUGUCCCGGGAGGAGAAGCCCAGCUCUGCGCCCUCAUCCUAA